UGCCAAGCCCCCCUUCGUGGUGAAGGCACGUCUCGCGUUGUGCUCCGAAACAAUUUUCAAGGCGUCAAACGGGCUCGAGGAAUCAAUUUAGCAUCAGUCAUCUAUUAAAAAUUCGAGAGAAUUUUGAAAGGAACAUAUUAGCUAGCUACGCACUUCGAAUUUACUACGUUUAUUUUGGUUGUCUGUUAGAAAUGAUCACAGAAAUGGCAGAUCCGACGACACAGUCUGCCCAGAUCUUGUCCUCUCUGAACGCUUCAUCGACAAAAGAAUCCACAUAUUCCGUGAUGGAGCUGGUGUACUGGCGGGACCCAAAGAAGUCUGCGGUGGCCUUUGGCAUGUCCCUGCUGGUCCUUCUGUCCCUGGCCACCUUCAGUGUCAUCAGUGUGUUGUCCUACCUGCUGCUGGCCCUGCUUUGUGUCACAAUCACCUUCCGCGUCUACAAGUCUGUCAUUCAGGCAGUGCAGAAGUCUGAAGAGGGCCACCCCUUCAAGUGUGUGAUGGAGCAGGACCUGACCGUUCAGCCGGAGACUUUCCGUAAAUAUGUGGAUGUGUGUCUGACCUACGUGAACCGAGCCAUUAAACAGGCCAGACACCUGCUGCUGGUGGAGGACCUGGUAGACUCACUCAAGCUGGCUGGUUUCAUGUGGCUGAUGACCUAUGUGGGAGCUGUCUUCAAUGGAAUCACCAUCCUGAUACUGGCUGAUGUCAUCUUCUUCAGCAUGCCUCUGGUUUAUGACAAAAAUAAGACACAGAUUGAUAAAUACAUGGAACUGAUUCGCACCAGAGUUGAAGUCACACUUGCAAAGCUUCAAGAUAAACUUCCUGGGGCAGUGAAACGCACCAAAGCAGAGUGAUUGUCCAUGACCCCUAUUCAACAACUACUCUCUCCCUUAUACUGGAAGCAGUCCUACCCUUUCAAAUGCAUUGCCAGUGUCAAACCUGUGGCCAAGUCAUCGCUCAAUAUUCAAUGUACCAUAACUAAUUUGCAUAGGGUGCAAUGCUUGUAUUUGUUGUUGGAGCCAGCCACAUUCUGAAUAACUCAAUCUGCAGUUGCUACAUCCAUUGUUGGAUUUAGAAAUUAAUGAUAUGUACCCAUUAAUUCUUGAAGAAUAUAACGUAUAAAUGCCUCAUGUGCUUAGUUCAACUGUCGGACCCCAUCAGAACCCAAAAUAUAAACUUGUUUUACUCCAAUGUUUGUAAACCAAGUAAAUAGAAACAAACACUAUAUAGCCUCAAAACAUGGUUAAAACUAUAAUUUUGAUAUCAUGGAUGGUCAGUCCUUGCAUCCAUAACUCUGUCUAUGAAUUUGACAGUGGUUACAUUUCUCCAACCCUUUCCCUCAUCUUUUUAACGAAACAGGGAAAACACUUUGUUUCAACUGCUGAUUUGGGGCUUUAACAGAUGAUUCCUGAUUGAACCGGGGGUUUAAAUCAGGAUAACUUUUAAUUAUUUCAAGGAUACAUAAUGUUGUGUAGCAUUUUUGAAACGCAAAUGUUUGUACACUAAUCAUGCUGGUUUGUGUUUUGAGGGAAAAGUCAUUUGUUGAUGUAGUUUGUAAAUUGUCACAAAAUACAGAUUGUUUUGUCUUCUUUUUUUUAAUGAAAGAAUUCAAAGCUGAGAUCUGCAUUAGGUGGAACUGCGCCCCAGAGUUAUUGUUUUUGAAACUGGGCAGAGGAGACAAACUGGUGGUCCUCUGUAGCUCAGCUGGUAGAGCACGGCGCUUGUAACGCCAAGGUAGUGGGUUCGAUCCCCGGGACCACCCAUACACAAAAAUGUAUGCACGCAUGACUGUAAGUCGCUUUGGAUAAAAGCGUCUGCUAAAUGGCAUAUUAUUAUUAUUAUUAUAGGAGCAUUCUGCAUCGUGGUAAAAAAAAAAAAAAACAUAGUACAUACUCUGCUGUUCUAUCAUGCGUGCAAUGAUGUCUGAUGUGGAAUAAACGAUGUUCAUUGUUUGAAGUAAUGUCUUUGUUUGGAGGGGGCGCACUCAACCUUUUCAGCAUAAUCUCAGUUCAUCCUAAAGACAGUUGUUUGCUAUCUGCACUUAGUAUUCUGCUUGUGAGUAUUUUGUAAGCAAGUCAUCAAACCUGAAAUAAAAAUUUAAGUAAACCAUCGCAA